AUGGCAAAAAUGGAAGCUGUGCUUGCAAACCUUUGCAAGGAGUCUGAAGACAUGAAAAAAUUAAGGGAAGAUGUGAGAGGUAGUAUAAAAAGUCGGGGGGAGGUUCUUAAGAAUCUCGAAUCUCAGGUAGGACAUCUUUCACAGCAAACUCUGAAGUCCACUGAUAGUUUUUCAAGUGACACUGAGAAAAAUCCAAGAGGGAAAAUGAAGAAGGUGAGAUGGGAAGAGUGUAAGAUAGUUACCCUUGCAAAUGAAGAAAUCCUGGAAGAAGAUACCAACAAGCCAACAGAGCACAACCAAGGAAGUUCCCAGAGCAACUUGAAAAAAAAAAAACAAGGAACUGGAUCUAUACAAAGGAAAGAAUCAACAAGGGAGGAAAUUCCAAAACCUUAUGUGCCAAAGGCACCAUUUCCUCAGAGGCUCAGAGGGGGCGAGAAAGAAAGGUCAUACUCAAGAUUCCUAGAUAUGUUUGCAUCUCUCAAUGUCAACAUCCCCUUCAUCAAAAUUCUCCAACAGAUGCCCAUACACAUCAAGUGCAUGAAAGAGCUGCUGACGAAGAAAGGAACCUUAAAAGGGGGACAAACAGUAACAAUGAACAAAGAAUGUAGUGCCCUCAUAAAAAAGGAUGUACUCCUGAAGAAAAAGAUCCAGGGAGCUUUCAUAUUCCCUGUGCCAUAG